GAUAGAUGAUCUAGUCACUAAAGGGGUGAUCGAACCUUAUAGAUUAUUUACCUCGCGUGCAGAAUAUAGGCUAGCUAUCAGGUCAGACAAUGCAGAUAGAAGAUUAACACAAAAAGGUUAUGAUAUUUCCCUUGUUUCGCAUGAGAGAUACUCUGUUUUACAGAAUAAACUUGAAUCCAUUAAGCAGCUUGAAGAGAAGUUAGGGAGUCUGACGAUUACUCCUGAGCAGCUUAGGUCUUAUGGUAUCAAAAUAUCUUAUGAUGGGAUAAGAAAAACGGCACUAGAUUUACUUAGCUAUCCAAACAUCGACUGGAAUAAAUUACAAGAAAUAUGGCCGGAGUUAAGCAGCGUCACGCGCUGGAAUGACAAAAUGGGACACACCAAAGCGGAUAAUAGAGCUAAGAAUGAAAUAUGCGAAGCGGUUGAAAUUGAAGCAAAAUACAAACCUUAUCUAAUAAGACAAGAAGCGGAUAUGAAGUUUUUACGAGAGGAAAUUAACACUCAAAUUCCAAUUGAUUUCAACUAUUCACAAGUUAAAGGCCUGUCAAGUGAAGUAAUAGAAAAGUUGCAGACGAUAAAACCAGCGACGAUUGGCAUUGCAAAGCAAAUACAAGGCAUCACUCCCGCAGCGAUAGUGAGCAUAUUAGUGUAUUUGAGAAACAGGAAAACGAAAGUGGCUGCUAAUUUUGUAUGAGGUGUUCUAUGUCAAAAAUCGAAGAAUUUCGUUCUUUUAUGCACGAGAUAAACGUUGAUGCAUUUAUGUUGCAUACUAAAGAUGAAUAUUUAAAUGAGUAUUCAGAGGAGCUAACAAAGCUGUGUGGCUUUACAGGAACAAAUGGGCUACUUAUCGUUACAAAAGACAACAAGUGCCCAUUUUUUACGGAUGGACGCUAUAUCACACAAGCUCGCAAUCAGCUCGAUCGGGGCAAUUUUCAAGUAUAUAAUAUACAAGAAGAGGAUCCACGCGAAUGGAUAAAAGCAAACUUAACAUCGACUGCCUCACUAGGUUAUUAUUUGCAAUAUUUUACCAUAGAAGAUAUAAGAAAGUAUGAGAAUAUCUGUAAAUUAAUACCCUGUUUAGCUGGAAAAAAAAGUGACUAUCGAAAACAAGCAGUGGUUUUACAUUCUAUUGAACAUGCUGGUGAAAGUAGUAAGGACAAAUGUGAAAAAGUCGCUAAAAGUAUAGAUAAAGAAGCUGAAGCAGUGCUUUUAACUGAUCCAAAUUCAAUUUCAUGGUUAUUAAAUUUAAGAAACGAAAAUGCUAAAUAUACUCCAUGUAUAUUGGGUCGUGCUAUAUUGUAUAAAAGCGGUAAUGUUGAUUUGUUUAUUCAAGAUAAAGAACAUUCAACUAUAGAAGCAAAUUUAGGCAAUCAUAUAAAUAUUUUUGAUAUUAGUGAGCUAGAAAAUUCGCUGCACAAGCUAAAUUCAAUAGUCAUGGAUCCAAGCACAACUCCAAUGAGUAUCAUGGCUGUAAUAAAAGAUAAACAGGUAGCUGAGAGAGAAGAUCCUUGUCUAAUUUAUAAAGCAGCAAAAAACCAAACUGAAAUAGCUGGGGCUAUAAAUGCGCAUAUCAGAGAUGGAGUGGCAGUUACAAAUUUUCUAUAUUGGCUUGAAAAUAAUGUUGGUACAGAACUUGAAGCUGAAGAAAAGAUUUUAGAAUACAGAAAAGAGCAGAAUUUGUUUAAGCAACUAAGUUUUCCAACAAUUUCAGCAUUUAAUGAGAAUGGAGCAAUAAUUCACUAUCGUGCAAGCAGUAAGACGAAUAAAGUAAUUCAGAAAGAUGGACUGUAUUUGAUUGACUCUGGUGGCCAGUACCUUGACGGCACAACUGAUGUGACAAAAACUGUAGCAAUUGGCAAUCCAACUGAUGAACAAAUAACCCACUAUACAAUAGUACUCAAAGCUCACAUUGCUAUAGCAAGUGUCAUCUUUCCUCCUGGCACUACUGGUGGAGAAUUGGAUAUAUUAGCACGUACGCAUUUAUGGAAAUUUGGAAUGGACUAUAUGCAUGGUACAGGGCAUGGAGUAGGAAGUUACCUAUCAGUACACGAAGGACCACAAGCAAUAUCAAAGGGAAAUAAAGUGAAACUCACGCCAGGCAUGAUACUAUCCAACGAACCUGGCUAUUACAUUCCGGGAGAGUAUGGAAUAAGGAUUGAAAAUCUGAUGUAUGUUGAUAAACAUAAAAAUGGUUUCUUGGGAUUUAAACAACUAACCUCUAUUCCAUAUGAUAGAAGGCUAAUAAGUGUGCAAAUGCUUACUAAGGAUGAAAUUGAAUGGAUAAAUGGCUACCAUCAAUUUGUCUAUAAAAACUUAGAAAAUAGCGUCAAAGAUAAGGAGUGGUUAAAGAAAGUAUGUGACCCUUUAUAAGCAAAGGAGCAUUUUUUAUUAUUUAAAAAGUAUUAAUGCAAUUGUGACAGGUAGGUUAUAAUUAUGAUAGACAAAGGGCAAGGAGAUGAAUUUAUGAAGCAGUAUAUGGAUACUUGCAAAGAGCAAAUAGAAAAAUUAGCCAAGGAUCCUGAAUUGCUUAAUCAGGCUUUAAAACCAUUUAUGCAAAUGUCUCAGCAGCUUAUGGCUGGCGGUAUGUUAGAAGGGGCUAUGCCUGGCAUGAUACCUGAUUUGGGCAGUAUGGAUGUUAACAAGAUGAUUGCUCAGAUGAAGGAAAUGAUUGACUACAUAAGAGGUAACUAUAAGGAACUAAUGAAAGAGCGCAGCUCGCAGAUUCAAGAGCUUAAUGAAUCCAGUAAAAAGCUAAGAGGCUUAGUUAAAAAAUUGAUAGAAAAGAUCGAAAGUAAAUAAAUAACAUCUGGAUUUCUGUCAUUCUA